GAUACGAUCUACGCAGAUUGUCUACCCACAAAAAUGAAUGACGCUCCGCUAGCCCUCUGGGUGCUACUGCCGUGGAGGGAGGCACAAUGAUGGGAUACUCAUAAGAAUGUAAAACGCAAGUAGCACUUGAUUUGAUAAAGCUUCAUCAGUCACUCGCUCGCAUAUGCAUGGGUGCAAAGCAAAGGCAGUGUCAGGGGUAACAAUGCCGGGAAAUUCCACAUUGCUUAUUUUCGGUUACCCUGACAACAUUUUACCCCAGAUUUACCAUUACCUAGCACAUCAAAUAAUCUUCCCGCGACUUUGUAAACCUCCUUCCGUUGAUCAGCGAAAGAAACAACACUUUUCCAAAUUCUCCCAAUCAUGGAAUCGCCGACUCCAAUAGAUUCGAUAUCUUCAUUAUUCGAAGUAUAUUUACGGUUAAGACCUCCUCCAAUAUCAACUCAACAAUUGUACCCGGCGUUACCAAUACCAGAGCGCUUUCUUACAGUUGAAGAGCCCGCUGAAGAAGAACUUGAAGAUGAAACGGCAUAUCCGACCCACAUUACAUUGAAUCCACCAAAUGAUAAUAGACGCAGGGCAGUGGAGAAAUUUGCCUUCACACGGGUCUUUGAAGAAGAAAGUUCACAGCUGGAUGUAUUUCAUGGAACGGGCGUGCUGCCUUUGGUAGAAGGUGUAUUGGGUCCAAAUGGUGGAGAGGGUAGAGAUGCAUUACUUGCUACAUUGGGAGUCACUGGCUCUGGAAAGAGUCAUACAAUUCUUGGUUCUCGAACCCAACGCGGUCUCACACAACUUGCCCUCGAUUUACUGUUUCGUUCCAUUGACAACAAUAUUCUCGACGUCAAUUCACACCCCGGAUUACAUGGUUCAAUUGCAACAUCAGAUCCAUCAGAAGCCCAAGUUAUGUCGGCGCAGAUGUUUUUAGAUACAUAUUACUUCGACCCAGCUUCAUCUCGAGGAAGCUCGAGAGCCCCAACACCCCAGGUGGUACGCGUGCCCUUUCCCUACCACCCAAGUCCAACCAAACUAUAUCCAUAUCUGCCCCCAUUCAAGGCAACAGGAAGUCCUAAGAGCAUCAGGAUCGUAGUCAACCAGGAUGAUGAUAGUAAAACACCAGGAUGUGCGCCAGUGCCAAUUCCAGGAGAAUCGACAGUAUCGAUGACUUCCUUUAUUCCUUCAUUCAUGCAAGCUACUGCAACAGCAGCCAGAAAAAUGAUUAGUGCUAAAACUCCUCAAAAGGGCGAUUCUUACCAACCUCCGAGACGAGCGAUACCUACAAGACCAUCGGUUUUGCCAAGCAGUCCGGAUAUUACAGGAAUUACGGUCGAUAUCGAUCAUCAUGCGGAAUAUGCCAUUCUCAUCUCGAUGUAUGAAGUUUAUAAUGAUAGGAUAUUCGAUCUUCUGACGCCAGCGACACUAAACAAAUCUACAAAGGAAUCUAGAAGACGGCCACUACUAUUUAAACCUACGGAGCAAUCACCGGAACGAAAAGUGGUUGCUGGACUAAGAAAAAUUAUUUGUGGUAGCAUGAAAGAUGCUCUCAUGGUUUUGGAAGCUGGUCUCAAUGAGAGAAGAGUUGCGGGGACUAAUUCUAAUAGUACAUCAUCUAGGUCUCAUGGCUUUUUCUGCAUCGAGGUAAAGAAGAGGAGAAGAUCAAGAACGCCAGGCGCUUGGGGCGGAAGUUCACUUACAAUUGUAGAUUUGGCUGGGAGUGAAAGAGCUAGAGAUGCCAAAACCGCUGGUACUACAUUAGCUGAGGCCGGAAAGAUCAAUGAGAGUUUGAUGUAUCUAGGACAAUGUUUGCAGAUGCAAUCGGAUUUGGAGAAUUAUACAAAGCCGAAUCUUGUCCCAUUUCGCCAAUGCAAACUUACCGAACUUCUUUUCUCAAACUCGUUCCCAUCUCAUGGCGCAAAACCUUCUACAGCCACCCAACAUCAUCGAAAUUCUCAAAAAGCAAUCAUGAUCGUUACGGCUGAUCCAUUGGGAGAUUUUAAUGCAACUUCGCAAAUCUUACGGUACUCGGCUCUGGCAAGAGAGAUCACUGUUCCAAGAAUUCCAUCAAUCACGGCCACUAUUCUCGGAUCAUCUCAAUCGUCUGAUAGACAUCCAAGUUAUACCAGCCCUACUUCUCCUACUUUCUCUCGAUACCGCGAUGGUCCACAUCAGACACCUACCGACACCGAACGGGAAACUAUGGAAAUCGCGGCAUUAGAAAUUGCACGUAUGUCUGAGGAAAUCGAUGGUUUACGCGGCGAAUUAGAGCGCGAGACAAGAUUGAGAAUGGAAAGUGAAGCACAUCUUCAAAGUAUGGAAGACAGAAUGUUGGAAUUAGAAAUGGAAAUUCGAGAAGAAUGCUACGAGGAAAUGGAAAGGAGGAUUCAAGAAGAAGGUAGAAAGUGGAUGAUAAGAUUAGAGGAGCACGGAGAGAGGGAAGAACAAUGGAGGGAUAGAAAGGUGGAAGUUGUGGUUCGAGGUUUAGGUGCAGGCAUUGCUGGGAUUGCUGGGAUUGCUGGAGAUGAGAAUAAAGAAAAUCACGACGGCGACCCAACGCUCGGACUCGAAAUGGAAAACGCAAAGUUGUUGAGGGAAAUUGAGAGAUUGAAGAGAGAGUUGAAUAGCAGGAGUCCGACAAAGCCUCGAAAACCUUCACAUAGAAUCCUGAAGGAGAGCCGAAUACAUGCUAUGGAUAAAUCAGCAUCCCCAAUUCCAGAUGACGCCCCUGGGGAUGAGGGACUGGAAUUGCGGGAUAGUAUGGCGAGAUUGAAGGUUGAGGAUGACGAGGUUGGAGUCGCCAGAAGUGCAAGUGCAAGAUUAAGGAUUAAGAAGAGAGAUGUAGCUCCAGGAAGUCCGACGAAGAGAAUUAGAAAACUGGCACCGAGGAAGUGGGAUUUUGCUGAUGACGAUGAUUUUUAAUUGCGGUUGAAGUAAAUGGAAUAAGACAUGGAGAAUUAUGGUAUGGCUUUGUGUGGGAUGGUUUUUACAAUCAGUCAGUCAAUCAACGGAGUUCUUUCUUUGAGGGGGGUCUAUAGAUCUGGAUAGCAUAUCCUGGAUUGGGCUGGGGUUGGUGCUGAAUGGCAAUAUUAAAUUGGAUGCAUGGGACUGGGUGGGGACUGGACUGGAUAGAAUGGAGUAAUUCACCUGGCCAAAAAUUGGUUUUUGAUACCUGUCUGGUAUUUGUUUUUGGUACUUACAUUUUGUGUAAUUUGAUAGCUAAUUCUCAUUCGAAUGUGAUCCUUUUUGAGAUGGUCGUUCUGUUGAGAAAAUUUAUGGUGUUGAGUGAAUUGGAUUGGCAAUUUUAUACUGGAGACAUUGUGGUCUGCCAAAUCAUUUUCUAUGUUCGAGGGGAACUUGAGAAAGAAUACAAGGGGUAGCUGUAAUAGCCUUUGGUGAUCCA